AUGAAUUUUGGCAAAGAUAACACAACUCAGAAUAGAAUUGAUAAAAAAAUUGAAAACAAAAAUUCAGACGAAGAUAAAUUGCUUAAAAUAAAUGAUAAUAUAGAAAUAAAUAAUUUAAAAGGUGAUGAAGUAUGUGAUAAUAAAACUACAAUUCAAAGCGAUGGAUCUCAGAGAAAAUUUUCUCCAAAAUACUUUUACCGAGUAUUGGCAAAUAAUGAAAAAGUAGACCGUAUUUGGCUUGUAUACUCUCCAAUUAAAGAUUGCGUAUUCUGUUUUUGCUGUAAAAUGUUUUCAAAUGAAAAAUGUCACAGUGAUUUAGCAACAGUGGGUAUAAGUGACUGGAGACAUUUGUCAGACAAGCUUAUAUCUCAUGAAAGAUCACAAUACCACAUUCAGUCUGUGAAGUCUUGGUUCGAAUUAAAAAUUAGAAUAGAAAUGAAUGAAACAAUUGAUAAAAGACAUCAAGAAUUAAUCGAAAAAGAACACAACCAUUGGAAAAAUGUACUUAUUCGAAUUUUAUCAAUAAUUCAAUUUUUAGCUACUAAUAAUGAUUCAUUUAGAGGAUCUUCGGAUGUUCUAUAUACUAAAAAUAACGGAAAAUUUCUUGGUUUGAUAGAAAUGUCGGCCAAGUUUGAUCCGGUUAUAUUAGAACAUGUAAAUCGAAUUAAAAACAAAGAAACCCAUGUUCAUUAUUUAGGGUAUGAGAUACAAGAUGAACUUAUAAAAAUGAUGGCAGCCGAAGUAAAGCAAAGAAUAAUCGAUUCAAUAAAAACUGCGAAAUAUUUUUCAAUCAUAAUGAAUACAACUCCAGAUAUUAGUCACAACGAACAACUUACAAUUCUUAUUAGAAUUAUAAAUAUGGACAACAAAAAUACGACAAGUGCUCCGGUGAUCAAUGAAUAUUUUUUAGAUUUUAUUAAUGUAAAAUCAACAACGGGAUUGAAUUUAUCUGAAAUACUUAUUUCACAACUAAAAAUAUAUAAUAUAGAUCUUAAAGACUGCCGAGGGCAAGCCUAUGACAAUGGCUCUAACAUGAUCGAACAAUACAAAGGAUUGCCAUUUAUAAUAAAUGCUUUAGAAGAGGUUUCUGAUGACAUUAAUGAUUUAAUAGCAAGAAGUGAAGCUCUUUCAUUACUAAAAGAAGUUUCUAGUUAUGAAUUUAUUUUAAGUAUGAUCAUUUGGUACGAUAUUUUAAUAGAAACAAAUAUCGUAAGUAAAAGUUUACAGAGUCAUAACAUGGACAUGUGUGUUUCAACUAAAUUAGUUUUUGGUCUUCUUGAAUAUUUGAAAAAUUACAGAGAAAAGGGUUAUGAAUUAGCCAAAAACAAAUCAAAUGAAUUAGCAAAUCUAGCUAUUAAAUCGUUGGAUAAACGUUUUAAACAACUGGAAUCAUACUCAAAUAAUUUUGGUUUCCUAUACCGCAUAGGUAAAUUAAAAGCUAUGCAAGACGAUGAACUAAUGAAGUACUGCAAAGACCUACACAUGAUUCUUUCGGACGAAUGUUCCAAAGAUAUAGAUGGACAGGAUUUAUUUGCAGAACUCUUAAUUUUUCGAACUUUAGUUGACGAAGAAAUUACACCACUUCAAGCUUUAUCCGAGUUAAAAAAUACUAAUGGAUCAUUUCCAAACAUUACAAUUCCACUUCGAAUAAUGUUGACAAUACCAGUUACAUCGGCUUGA